AUGCGUUCUGGCGAUCUCCUUAUUCAAACGAAAUCAAAAAAGCAAGCAGAUACUCUGAGUAAACUUACUACCUUAGGUUCAUGGCCAAUAAAAAUAUCUCUUCACAAGACAUUGAAUUUCUCACGGGCGGUUGUCUCGGAACAAUCUCUUGUGCAACACUCUGACACAGAAUUAGUAGAAGAAUUACGAUCCCAGGGGGUCUGCGCCGCUCGUCGCAUUCAUGUUCGACGUGACGGACGUUUAAUUCCCACAAAGCAUGUUGUUCUUACAUUUGAAACGCCUGUUCUACCAAAAUUCAUACGUGCUGGAUAUUUGCGGUGUAACAUUCGUCCAUACAUACCCAAUCCUCUGAGAUGUUACCAGUGUCAGAGGUAUGGUCACUCCCGGCAAUCAUGUCGUGGUAAAAUGGUAUGUGAAGCCCGCCAAAUAGUCAAUGAUAGAAUGCCUAAGUCUGGUGUAUCGUAUUCCUCUCUUUUGAAAUCAAAACCAGAAAACACUAAUGUCGGUUCAACUCAAACCGAAGAAUUAUUAACGAAAAUUGUUUGCCCUCCUCUCAAAAAAUUACAACCUUUAAAAGCCAAUGUAAUACAACCGAAAAAACUUCCAACUAAAACUGACUAUUAUGCAUCUAAACUUGCAACCCCUGUACAUACUAGUUCCAGUUGUACUUCACCUGUUGCAGCUGUUGCUCUACAUACAGACCCUGAAACAUGCAGUAAUAAUAAACCGACGAAAGAACUGCAGAAAAAAUUAAAAUCUUCUGGUAUUACCAAUCAACUUCCGCCUGAUGAACUUUUAUCUAUUAAUCCAUCCUCUUCAGACCUCUCUGAAAUGGAUAUAGAACCUUCUACGCAGCUCGAUGAUGUUACUGGAGGCAAAGUUAAGAAAAAAUUUCAACGUAAACGCUGA